AUGACAGAUUGGAAUAAUAUUUUAAAAAGAAAUAGAGAAUAUAUCAAAGCUAAGAAUAAAAUAAAGACCCAAGUUGAAAAUAAUAGAUUACAACAACUCGGAUUAACGGAAAAUCUACAGACUCUAUUUCAACCCAUAUUAAAAUCUCAAGAGGAUAUUAAAAGGAAAUUAGAAUAUAAACCUCCUAUAGAACCCUUAGCUCCUAUAGAACCUCCCAAAGCGAUUGAAUAUAAUGGUAUAAUAAUUAGGACAUUAGAUGAUAUAAAUCGUCUUUUUUCAAACCCUGACCCAGAUUUACCAAAGAGCAUUUCACCAAUCGUUGAUAAUCAAGUUGAAACAUAUUUAAAUAAAGUUAUUCCUGAUGAAGAGGAAUCAGAUGAUUAUGCAGAAGAUUAUCCACCAAUCAUACAAGAAAUAGACGAAUUCGAAGAUAUGGUAUCUGGAGAAGGUAUAACGUUUUUAUCCGACAACAACGAGGAACUACUUAAUAGAUUACGAGUAAUAUUAGCGGCCAUGAAGGAAGGACAUCAAUCGCACAGACAAUAUAAUGAAGUAAAUUGUAUAUUAAAAAGACUCCUAGAGAAAGGUAUCAUAGAUAAAAACGAUUAUAAAAGCGUGAUUAAAAAUGUCAAAUAA